UCUAAUAUUUGAUUAUCUAUUUAUCUAUAUAUUUAAUAAUUUGCUUCUGCAGAAAAAGAUGGAUGUAAAGGACAAAGAUGAAAAUCAUGAGGACUCAAAGGAUGAAUCUAAAGUAAAGCCAAAAAGUAAAGGAAUUAUAAGGACUCUCUUGAUGAGGUUCACACAGAUCUGGCCUCUAAAAUAUGUGUUUAAAAUCCUUAAGAAGAUUAUAUUCUUUGGACGCUCUGAAAAGGUGGAGACUAUUUGUGCAGCUGAUCAGGCUUCCCCACCUGGCCGGCGUGUCCUGAGCGGCAAGAAGAGAAUCGGUCGCUUGACCAGGAUAAUCUUGUAUUUCGCCCCUCACAGGCUGCAAUGUGCACUGGGAUACAAUGCUGAAGGCAUUGGUCAAGCAACGGGAUCAGAUGACGUAAGGAAAUCUCCAUUGAAACCAAGCGGGAAGGGAAGCAAGAGGAAGCAAGAUGACGUAGAUCUAGAAGAACAGCACAGCUGGGUCACAUUCAUGAGCGAGGAUCUUCCAGAUGAAGAUCAGCCUGAUGACCCCACAUACGAACCCAGCAAGUCAUCUGGCACAGAUAGUGAGGAAGAACAUUCGAAGAAUGAUACAGAAAGUGACCUAGAAACAGAAGAACGGGAUGGAAUUGUAAUGCUCAAAGAAUCUGCAGAAAAGGAAAAGAAAGAGGAAUGUCCUUCUAAAGAGGAGCAAACUAAUGCUGAUGAACAUUGUAAUGGAGAGCAGAAUCAAGACAGUGAUUCUCCAAAGAAGGAUCCGAAUCCUGCAGAAUGAAUCUUACUGCCUGGAAAAUAAAAAAAUAAA